AUGGACCCGGGAGGUAGUCACAGCCAGAGGCCCCCUGCAGCGCUGCAGGAGGGAGCUGUGCCUGCCUUGUCCUGCCAGGAGGGGACACCAUGCCAGCCCCACACUGUGGACACCACCUCCCAGUGCCACGCCUUGCCCGGCUCCUUCCUCACCGUCACCUUCUGCUUCGCUUGCAGGAGCCUGAUGCCGCGAACGCUCGACAGCCAGAUCACAGUGGAGAAGACCCCCAGCUACUUCGUCACCAAGGAGGCGCCACGUCGAAUCUUCAACAUGUCCCGGGACACAAAGCUGAUCGUGGUGGUGAGGAACCCGGUCACCCGGGCCAUCUCGGACUACACACAGACGCUCUCCAAGAAGCCAGACAUCCCCACCUUCGAGGGGCUGUCCUUCCGCAACCGCAGCCUGGGGCUGGUGGACACGUCCUGGAAUGCCAUCCGCAUUGGGAUGUACGCCGUGCACCUGGAGAGCUGGCUCCAGUACUUCCCCCUCUCCCAGAUCCACUUUGUCAGCGGGGAGAAGCUGAUCACGGACCCAGCCGGGGAGAUGGGCAAAGUCCAGGAUUUCCUGGGCAUCAAACGGGUUAUCACAGACAAGCACUUCUACUUCAACAAGACAAAAGGUUUUCCUUGCCUGAAAAAGUCGGAGAGCAGCGGCUUGCCUCGCUGCCUUGGCAAGUCCAAAGGCAGGACUCAUGUGCAGAUAGACCCCGAGGUGAUUGAGCAGCUUCGGGACUUUUAUAGACCUUAUAAUAUCAAAUUCUAUGAAACAGUUGGGCAGGACUUCAGGUGGGAAUAA